GUUCGACUCACCCCCUAAAUCCCUUUCGAAUAUUUAAGUUGAAAUUCAUCAGCAUAAAUAAUAGACACUUUCAUACAUAUUUUUCUUCUUCUAUCCGCUUUUUUUUUGGCGAUAUACCAUCUCUCUUUCUCUUUGCAUAUUUCUGUACGAACGUUCAAAAUCAGCACUGAUUUUCUCUUUUUUUACAACACUUUACACUGUCCAUUAGUAAUCUUACAAUUUGGUAGAAAAUCGAAGUUCCGAAUAAACGAACCCAAAAGCAACCGAAAAAAAGCAAGCCAUUCCCGAUUAGAGUAGAGAUACAUUAGAGUAGAAGCAAAACGACAAAGAUGAAGUUUACAUUUUCCAGAGAGGCGAGGAUAUACUUUAUGCUCGUUAUCACAACUGCAUUUUUCUUCGUUGAAAUUGUUAUCGGUUACUAUGUCAGUUCGUUAGCAUUGAUAGCAGACUCGUUUCACAUGUUAAACGAUUUAAUCAGCAUGUGUAUCGCUCUAUGGGCCAUCAAAGUAGCUAAAAAGACACAAUAUAAUCCCAAAUAUUCAUAUGGUUGGCAAAGAGCAGAGAUUCUGGGCGCUCUUGUUAAUGGCGUCUUCCUAUUAGCCUUAUGCUUUACUAUUUUGAUUGAUUCAAUUGAAAGAUUCAUAUCUCCCGAGGAUGUUCAUAAUCCAAAACUGGUGUUGAUUACAGGUUGUGCUGGUUUAGGCGCCAAUCUUUUAGGCUUAGUCUUAUUCCAUGAGCACGGACAUGGUGGACAUAGCCACGGGCAUAGCCAUGGUCAGAGCAAACAUGAGCAUAGGAGCCAACCUUACAAAACGAACGAUGUCGAAUCACUACAUACAGGUCAUUAUGAAGACAAACUUGAAGAUGAUACUCAGCCAAGCGGCGGUGGGCAUCUAAAUAUGAAAGGUAUAUUUUUGCAUGUUAUGGGUGAUGCUUUGGGAAAUGUGGCUGUCAUUGCAUCCGCCUUGUUUAUUUGGUUGACAGACUUCAGUUGGAGGUUUUAUGCUGAUCCACUUGUCAGUACUUUGAUUACCUGUGUCAUCUUCAUGUCAGCCCUUCCCUUGGUUAAGCAAACGUCUGUCAUUUUGCUACAAGGAGUACCGCAGAGCGUACACCUGGGUGAGGUUUAUGAAGCUUUGCAGAAGUUGGAGGGAAUAAUCUCAAUACAUGAGCUGCAUAUUUGGCAGUUGAAUGAUAUAAAACUUAUCGCAACCUUACAUGUGCUAUUAAGCUCUCGACAGGAAUACAUGAAAUUAGGCUUUAAAAUACGUUCAGUUUUUCAUACUUAUGGCAUCCAUUCCGUUACUAUUCAACCUGAAUUUGUGGAAGAUACAGCUCUUCAAGUUACGCCUUAUGUCGACGAAAAGUGCAACUAUACUGCAGAAAACAAAGCAGAUACCACACAACAGAAUAACAUUUACGAUGGUUUACGAUCGUCCACAAUGAUUGCAGCCAGUAACAGUCAAAUGAAAUCUUCAGCUACUUCUUCCAUUUCUUCUUCUUCUGCGCCCACUAACGACGGCAAUUUAACGAAUCAACAAGCUGCACCCUCCUCCCUUGAGGAUUUGAACCAUAACAAUUCAAGCGUAUGUCUCUUACGCUGUACUGAAGAAUCUUGCCAAUCAAAUGCCUGCUGUCCCCCUGAUCACCUUCAGCAAUUACAGAAUUCACUCUCACAGCAUUAGCCAUCAAUUAUAAAAGAUAAUAGAAGACAUGUUAUUUAGACCCUGAUAUCUACAAUUUUUUCACACAUACAUAUAUAAUGAAGCCCUUUUUGUUUUUUAUCCCGGUAUGGGCUUCUCCUCCCCACCCCC